AUUUUUAUUUUUUUGUGAUCGCUUAUUCUUUUGGAUAUUCAGAGAUGUGUGGCUCAGUGAAGAGCACGUUUCUUCCAGAUGUACCUAUCUCACAUGUUUCUUCUCACAUGAACUAUUUUGCUUUUGCAAGAAGUGUUCUACUUUACAUCUCAACCAGUGCGGUAUAAGAUGAAGAUAUGCAUCAUUAUUAUGCAGCGUCUGUCGGACCCGCGCGAGCGCCAGUUCCUGGAGGCUGCAGAGCGUGGCGACAUGGCCACCAUGGUGCGGCUGGCCUCGGAACCGGAGCCGGUCAACGUCAACUGCACCGACAUGCUCGGACGGUCGGCGCUGCUUAUCGCCGUCGACAACGAGAAUGCAGAGAUUGUGGAGAUGCUGCUCAAGUAUGAGGCCGUCAUUACAGGUAACGCGCUGAUGCACGCGAUCGCCGAGGGCUCGUACAAGAUCGUGGAGCUGAUAGUUCAGCACCCGUCCAUCCAGAGCGACAUGCUGUCCUCACCUCUGCCACCCUCCGAGAGGAGCGACGCGCCGCCCGGCGUGUCGCCCAUCAUGAUGGCCGCCCAGUGCAACCAGUUCGAAAUCCUGCAGCUCUUCCUCUCAUACGGCGCGUUCAUCCGGCGUCCGCACGCCAGCGACUGCGGCUGCCGGCCGUGCACCGAGGAGAUCCAGGAGGACCGCCUGCGCCGCUCUCUGUGCCGCAUUCAGACGUACCGAGCGCUCAGCGGACCGGCCUGGAUCAGCCUGACCAGCGAGGACCCCAUCCUGGAGGCCUUCAGACUGUCGUGGGAGCUGACUGAGCUGAGUCGGAGGGAGAACGAGUUCCAUCAGACCUACCAGCAGCUGAGCGACCAGUGCAAACGCUACGCCUGUGACCUGCUCGAGCAGUGCCGCAGCUCAGAGGAGGUGCUGGCAGUGCUGGACCGGAGGACUCCUGGCGAGGACCUGGUGGCCGGCGAGGACGGAGAGGAGGUGGAGGACGCCGACUGGCCCGCUGCCGAGGACGAUCGGCCGGCGGCGCUCAGUAGACUCCGGCUGGCCAUCCGAUACGAACAGAAACAGUUUGUGGCCCACUCGCACAGCCAGCAGAUGCUGAUGUCCGUGUGGUACACGGGCCUGCCGCUGUGGCGCGGCCGGAACCCGCUGCUGAAGGUGCUCAUCUGCGCCGUCAUCGUGCUGCUCAUCCCGCUGCUCUCUGUACUCUACCUGCUCUUCCCGCGCUCCCGGGUCGGCCGGGCCAUCCGCAGUCCGUUCAUGAAGUUCAUCUACCACAGCGCGUCGUUUUGUUUCUUCCUGCUGCUGCUGGUGCUGGCCUCGAUGAGGCCCGAGGGCGACGAGCGCUCCCACGAGAACAUCCGCGGCCCCAAGCCGUCGCCCGUCGAGUGGCUCAUCAUCUUCUGGGUGGCCGGAAUGGUGUGGGCCGAGUGUAAACAGCUCUGGGACGAGGGGCUGAGCGGCUACGUGCGCCAGUGGUGGAACUGGCUCGACUUCGUCAUGCUCUCAAUCUACAUCUGCAGCUUCUCGCUGCGGGCGGUGGCCUACUUCCAGAUCCGCUCCGGAUCCUACGGCUGCCGGUCAAUGGACCGUCUGCUGUGGCCCAUCAACGACCCGACGCUGAUCGCCGAGGGCCUGUUCGCUGUGGCCUCCGUGUUCAGUUUCGCGCGCAUCAUCUACCUGUUCCAGACCAACCCGCACCUGGGGCCGCUGCAGAUCUCACUCGGAUGCAUGAUCAUCGACAUCAUCAAGUUUCUGUUCAUCUUUUUCCUGAUCCUGACGAGUUUCGCGUGCGGUCUGAACCAGCUCUACUGGUACUACCGACACACGCCCGGCAACAACUCGGGCGGAGAGCUGUUCAGAACAGCUCUUCAGAACGUGAGUACCGAGUCGUGUGGUCUGAACCAGCUCUACUGGUACUACCGACACACGCCCGGGAACAACUCGGGCGGAGAGCUCUUCAGAACUAUCGGCACCUCGUACACCACGCUGCUGUGGUCGCUGUUCGGCCAGAUCCCUGUGCAGGCUCUGGACCAGCGCCGCCAUCAGACCGUCACCCACCUGCUGGGUCAGACGCUGCUCGGAGCCUACCUCAUCAUGGCCGUCACCGUCAUGGUCAACAUGCUGAUCGCCAUGAUGAGCCGCAGCUUCCAGAUCGUCGAGGACCACGCCGACCGGGAGUGGAAGUUUGCUCGCUCGCAGCUGUGGAUGUCCUACUUUGAGCAGGGCUCCUCGCUGCCGCCGCCGUUCAACAUGGUCGUCAGCCCCAAGUGGGUGUGGUACGCCGUGCGCUGGGUGCUUAGCACGGCGAGACAGUGCACUGGGGCCGUGCGCGCCCGACUGCGGCCGGCGGAUAACGGCACGGCGCACCAGCACCACCACCAGCACCAGCAGAGGCACCAACACCAGCAGGAGCAGGAGCAGAAGACGGGAGUCAACGGCGGAGUGCGGUUCCUGCUGCGGGCGGGCUCGCGUGACUCGGAGGCGGACCGCGCCGAGGACAGCUGCGGAGCGGGCGGCGCGGGCCGACAGCCGCGGGUCUCGGCCACCACCUCUGUGUCCACGGCAGAGGUGGCGUUCGAGUGCCAGGUGCCGUACUCGGAGGUGAUGCGACGGCUGGUUAGCAGAUAUAUCUUCCAUUUCAAGAACCAGCAUCGCCACUCGGGUGCCAAUGAAGACGACUUCAUGGAGAUAAAGCAGGACAUCUCCAGUCUCAGGUACGAGCUGCGCGAGGACAGGAAGCGGGAGGCCUCGCGAAACUACCGUAACCUGGACAACCUGCGCAGGGACAUCGUCACCCUGUUCAGGGAGGAGCUGGGCGGAGGGCUGAACGUGCCGCCCGACGGCCGGGCCUACUCGUCCGACUGCGGACCCGACACCAUCUACAGGAAACCGUCCCGCAGAGGUCGCACCUCUCUGACGGCCCACUCGCAGCAGUUGUCGCUGGACCUGGGUCUGCUCGGCCGGCCGGAGGGCGGGGGCGGCGCUGCGGAGCCGGCGCCGCUCCGCUCCCCGGACGUAUCCGUCACCACGCUGGCCAGCCUGCGGCAGCUGGUGCGCCGCGAGGUCGAGCUGCUGCCGCAGGUCACCCCGGAGCGCACGCCGGCCGGCUCGCCCGGCUCGGCCGCCGAGACGUCGCCCGAGGCGCGCAGUCUGCAGCAGCUCAGCGAGCACAUUUGCCAGUGGCAGGAGGCGACUGGAGUGGACGGACAACAGGCGGCCUCUGUGGACCUCGACGGACGCUCCUGA